CGAAGGAUGGCCGCCGAACGGGCCGCAUCCUGCAUGCCCCACUAGAGACCUACCGCCAAGCCCUUCCCGCCUUUCAGCAACGGCAGAAAAAGUCGAGAAUCGGAUUUCAAGAGACGGGUUGUUGCUUGGCAGUCACUUUUUUCAGAGCCCAAUUCUUUCUUCCACAAUCGAUUUACAGUCGCGGUCUGGGUUGAAUUACGCCGACAGCCACUAGCCAUGGCCAAAUCAUCGAAAAAGAGAGAGCGCACCGAAGAAGAUGUCGCCGACAACCACGACGCCAAGCCUGUGCUCAAGAAGAGCAAGCUCGACACAGCGAGCAAGGCUGAGGUUACCAAGAAGAGUUCUGAGCUGAAGGAGGUCAAGUCUGAACCUCCCACGACCGAGGAAACCUUCAUGUCCAAGAAGGGCAAGAAGGACAGGAAGGACAAGAAGGGCAAGAAAGAGAAGAAGCGCAAGGUCAAAGAUUUAGAGACCGUCGCCCAGACCGACGAGCCCGCUCCAGCUGCGCCCUCGAACCUGGAGACACAGACGGAGCAACCAGCCAACGGCGACGCCAUCGCAAACAAGAAGAACAAGAAGAAGAAGAACAAGGAUAGGAAAUCCAAGAGCACCGAGCACGUCCCGAUCAAAGAAGAUGAAGACGACAAGAAGGCCUUAGCAGACCACCACAACGACUACAGCGACAACAGCAACAAACCAACCCGCUUCAUCUGCUUCGUCGGCAACCUCCCCUACACGGCAACCGUCGACUCCGUCCGCGCACACUUUGCGACUUUGCAGCCGACAUCGGUGCGGCUGCUCACGCAGCGCGAUGACCCGUCCAAGUCGCGCGGCAUCGCCUUUGUCGAGUUUGGGCGGUACGACCACAUGAAGACGUGCCUCUCCAAAUUCCACCACACCGAGUUCGACGACGGCAAGUCGCCCGCGCGGAGGAUCAACGUCGAGUUGACGUACGUAUAUAUUUAUCUUUAUGAACUCGGGCAGCGCAGAAGACUGACUCGGCUUUCUCCUGUGACUGUAAACAGAGCAGGAGGAGGCGGCAAAACGGCCGCGCGGCAGGACAAGAUCAAGCAAAAGAACGCCAAGCUCAACGAGGAGCGGGCGAACCGGAUGCAGAAGGAGGAGGAGGAGGCUAAGCUGAAGAAGGCGGGCAAGACGGGUGAGGGUAAGACACAGGAGCAGCGGGAUGAAGACGCGAUACACCCGAGCAGGAGAACGAGGGUACCGUAUGGCAGGAAUUAGCCAGGUGCGCGUGAGGGAGGGAGAGAAGUGAUGGUCAUCAGUGCUGUUUACGCAAAAGAUACCCUCUUUCUUUCAUAACGAAAUAGACGUUUUCCUAUAUCAUGUACUGUCACUGGGACAGCAGGAAUCUAUGG